GCAUCACUAUACCUACCUACCUUUUGUUCGCCCACGUUAAUGUAAGUUACACGGUCGAUUACUGGAUUUGAGUUUUAAUUAAACACGCACACAGCUCAGGUAUAACAUGUGCCACGGUGUUCUCUCGACCAUGUGUGUGUAAAACACUGUAUUUAUAAUAUAAUUAUUAUAUUACCUAUUAUUGUUGUUUCCUACAACGUUGUUGUGCAACGAUGUUCACUGGACGAAAACGAAUGGCGUGGCAAACCGACGUUGCUAUAGGGACCGCUGUGGGUUUUCCGGCUAAACAAUAAAAACUGCGGUGGUCGAGGAGGGGGUCGGUUGGCAAGCGAGCUUACAGCCUGCGCUCGAGUAUACAGCAGCUCAUAUACUUACCUCAGCCGUCCACCCUCACUCACGAGAGGUCGGUCGAAGGAAUGCGACUGUCGGAGUUUAGGUACACUCUGGUGCUGGUCGUCCAGCUGGGGUUGCUCGCCGUCGACCUGUUGUUCAACACAUUCAUCCAUCGGUACCUGGCAAACACGGGCAUCUCGAUUUUGCUCUUCGUACUUCAAGACAUCGGUCAGCUGGUCGCCAUCGCCGUGUUACUCAUCACGUUCUUCCAGACCAACAUAUUUCAGGCUGGUUUCAUUGUGCUGCUGUUCAACGAGUUCCGGUCGACCAUCAUUACCAGUGUCGGUUAUUUUAUUCUAACCCUGUUCGUGCAGGUGUGGACUCUGACGAACCGUUUUAAGGGCCAGGUUUACUUCUACUGGCCGGACGGACUUUACGUUUUUUUUGUCAUACAUAAAUUCACUUCAUGUUUGCAUUACUACUUGUACAAAAGAACAGCCCUAUGUAUAUCAGAUCCUAAAUUUUAUACCGAUGAAUGGAUUAAUCAUCGCAUAAAUCAAGAAACAGAACAGAGAAGUCCUAAGUAUUGAUGAAAUUGGAUGUAUGUAGUUAUGUUAAGAUGGGAAAUUAUUAAUAAUAUGAUAAAAUAUUAAUCAAGAUGGUUGGCAAAUAUCAAUUAAUCAAAAUCAUAAAUUUUCUCAUUUGUAAUAACUAAUAAUUUUUAAGUAUAAACUGUAUUAAAUUUGCCAAUGUCAUAGGUUACAUUAGGAAAUGGAAAAAAAAAGUAACUUUCAAAUAGACAUUAAUUUUUACAACAAACCUGAUAUUUAUUAAAA